UUGAAGUAUCUGAGAUCUCUAAAAUGGAAGCUAACCCUUUGAAACUAGCUUUCCACCAAGUUCUCACAAUUGUUGCAUUCAUCCUUCUAGCCAAAUCCAACAUCAGUUCAUCUUGCGAUUACAAUUCUACCACCCCCACAAAUUCCACUCAAACCAACACUGAUUACACUCCCUCCUAUUACGGCAACACAACCAUUCCAUCAAAUUACACUCAAACCUUCAGAAACUACAUCAUAACCUCUUGCAAUUCAACAACAUAUCCAACAGUAUGCUACAGCUCCUUAUCCCCCUAUGCUUCAGAAAUUGAAGCAGAUCCUCUGAGGCUAUGCAACGUGUCUCUCUCCCUUGCCUUAGAGGCAGCAAAUAGAGCAUCGUCCGCCAUAUCAAAGAUUCUGAGCACCAACAAUUUCCCAGGAAUUGCUGAACAAGUGGUGCAAGAUUGCCUUGGCAAUGUCAAAGAUUCCAUUGGUGAACUCAAAGAUUCCCUUGAUGCCAUGGGACAUUUGGAUGGUGUUGAUAAAGAGUUUCAGAUUAGCAACAUAAAGACAUGGGUGAGUGCUUCAAUCACCAAUGAUCAAACGUGCUCAGAUGGGUUUGAUGAGAUGAACGUUGAUGCCACUUUGAGGGGAAAAAUCAGAAAGAUUAUUUUGGAUGUGGCAAGGAAGACUAGCAAUGCUUUGUAUUUCAUCAACAACAACAUAUACUAAUGAAAAAGUGGCUUUUCUUUCUUUCUUUCUUUCUUUCGUAUUUUAAAUUUUCCGAAAGGGUUUUCUUUUGGCUUUGGUAUGUAAUUGAUGCGUUGAUUGUAUUUUGUGAUCAAGUUACUUUAAAAUUUAAUUUAUGUGCUCAAUGUAUGGUCAUUUUCCUCUGAAUCAUGCAUUAAGCUUGGGGCAGAUCCUAUAUGUUGUACGAAGAAAGGAACGUUGAAGUGAGUUGAAAACCAUGCAUUAAUCAUGAAAUUAUGUGCUCAAUGUAUGGUAUAUUUUUCCUUUGAAUCAGGAA